AUGGAGUCAACUUCUGAUCAAGUUGGACUGUAUGAUCUGCAGAUGGAUGGCCAUGUGGGUGAUCAUGAAUUCUCUCCCUCAUUCACCACAACUGAGGACUCCUCUGGGAUUUCCUCAGACCUGUUUUUUCAACCCAUGUUCUCCAAUGAGUUUGUCAAAUUUCCAAUUUCAAAUGAUGAACUGCAAUCUAUGGAGAAUAUUGCACAUGAUAUGGAAGGGUUUGAGCCUAUUUUAAAUCAAAUUGAAGAUAUUUGUAGUUGGUUGGGUGAAAGCGAGGGUGAAGCAAGUUUUCCUUCACAACUGUCUGUUGAAGGAGAAGAUGUGUGGAGUCCUGGCCUGUCAAUGAAAUCUAGUGAGGCCUCGACAGUCAUACCAUCGGAGAACCUCUCAUUAGUACUGCCAGCAGAUGACAUGGAAAUUGAUAACCAAUUGAGCAUCCAUCAUCUGCUUCAGGCAUAUGGAGAAGCCAUGGAGAUGGAACAGAGAGAGCUCAUGGAGGUGAUUGCAAAAUCCAUAGGCGAGAAAAUUAACCCAAUUGGUGAAACGCUGGAACGUCUUGCAUUUAACUUAUUCCAAUCCACAGAGAAGGAAGGCGACUACCUAAAAGAGGAGUCAAGCAAGAACUUUGAGGCAGCUUUCAUGGCGUUCUACCAAAUAUUCCCAUAUGGCAGGUUUGCUCACUUUGCAGCAAACUCAGCCAUCCUUGAAGCUAUACCAGGUGAUGCAGAGACAGUCCACAUAGUGGACUUUGAUAUGGGAGAAGGGAUUCAGUGGCCUCCAAUGAUUGAAACCCUUGGGCGGCUAGGAAAGGCAGUUAGAUUGACAUCGAUAAAGUCAUGGGAGGAGGAUUAUAGUUGUUCUCCUUCACAGUGGAGAUUUGAGGAGACCAGGAAGAGGCUCUGUGAUCAUGCAAGGUCUUUUGGUUCACAGUUAAGGGUUGAGGAGAUGGGUAUUGAGGAUUUGGUGAGUGAGAUAAAGAAGAUGAAGACAAGGGGUGGUGGAAGGGAAUGGUUAGCCUUUAACUGCAUGGUGGGGCUUCCACAUAUGGGAAGGAGAAGGAGUAGAAGUCAUGUUACGGACUUUCUAAGAGUAGCCAAGGAAUUAUUGGCCAAUUCUGCAACUACUGGAGUCAUAGCCAUUGGUGAUGGAGAUGCUGCAGAGAGAUUGAAAAAUUGCUCCGGAUAUAGUUCAUUCUUCAACGGGAAUGUAACGUAUUACCAAGCCCUGUGUGAAUCAAUGGAGUGGAAUUUCCCCAUACAUCUUGCAGAUGCAAGAACAGCCAUUGAGAGUCUCUUUGUGGCACCAUAUGUCUCUAAUCUUUCUUGGUUUCAAAAGUGGGAGGAGACGAGGGAAUUUUCUGAUCUUCAGACAGGAGUGGGGUUGGAGGGUCGUAGACUAAGCAUGGCAAACUUAAUGGAAGCCAAAGAGAUAGUGAAAGGAGAGAGUUCCUACAAGGUUAAGAUUGAAGGACAGAACGCGAAUGAAAUGGUUCUGGAAUGGAGCGGAACCCCAUUAGUGAGAGUAUCCACCUGGAUAUAGGAAACACAGAAGCCAAAAAUUGAAGGCAAAUCAUAUACCACAAUUUCUUUCUUUUCAGUAUAUGUACUUAAUAUGCACAGAUACUGUAUAUUUCAGGUUGUAUAGAUUGA